AAUCUAUAAAUCCUGGUUUAUACCAGUCAGCUCGAACGAAGAUACUUUCCGAAACGUCAACUCACUCCGUCCCGUUUUAGUUCUUUUUCCGGUCAGCCAUCGCGACUGAAAGUGAACACAUUUCACUGCAUCAUGGGCAAAAUCAUGAAAUCCGGUAAGGUGGUACUCGUCCUCGGUGGACGGUACGCCGGUCGCAAGGCCAUUAUCCUUAAGACGUUCGAUGACGGAACUACGGAUAAGCAGUUUGGGCAUGCCCUCGUUGCUGGUAUUGACCGUUACCCUCGCCGAGUGACCCGUCGGAUGAGCAAGGCCCGUCUUCACAAGCGGUCAAAGAUAAAGCCAUUCAUUAAGAUGUUGAAUUACAACCACCUGAUGCCCACACGUUACAGCGUGCCAGACGUCAACCUAGACAGCAAAUAUUCCGUUAAGGACCUGAAAGACCCCGUCAAGCGCAAGAAGGCCCGUUUCCAGAUCCGUGUCAAGUUCGAAGACAGACAUAAGUCCGGAAAGAACAAAUGGUUCUUCCAAAAGCUGCGCUUCUAAACAUUUAUUUGUUUAAUCAUUAAGGAAGAAUGAGUAUGGAAAAGAAUGCUUGUAAUAAAGAAACAAAACAGGAAAACAA